AAUAUAUAUUCCUCUUUCUAUCUCGUUUUCUUGUAAAUAUUUAAUUUUAUAUAUGAAUCAUUAGGAUACUUUUUUUUUGCAACUGAAUCAUUAGGAUACUAAUUUCUCUAUGUUCCAAGAUCUUCUGAUAUACCCACAAGGCACUAGCUAUAUAUAUAAUAUGAAUGAUUCACUCUUUCAUCGAAUUGAUUUGGAGAGAAUGAGUUUGGCAAAAAUCUUCCCUAACUUUGUAAAAUAUCCAAAACUCACUUAAAGUGAAAUUAUUAAUGGAUAUUCUAGAGAAGGUAAUGGAUCAUGCCCAACUUGCAUGAUUUUAUUUUAAUUUUAAAAUUAAUAAAGUGCGAGCAACAUAACAACGAACCCCAACUAAAAAAGACAAAAAAAAAAAACUCAAAAUCAAUUAAUUACUGAGAUGUGCAGAUCUUUUAUUCAAAAUAGUAUAUUGAUAUUGUGCUCUACGGUCCAUGCGGAUUAAUAUCUAUAAACGCACUCAGUAUAUACAUUUUUAUUGACAAUUACAUAUGGCUUGAUUAGUUUUAGUUUCGGUUAAUUUUUCCAAUUGUCAUAUUAAAGCAAAUAUAUAUUUUAAGACUGAUAACAAAGUUGUGACUCAUAUGAAGCAGAAUAGCCAAAUGUUCUUGUUUAUUAAAUUAGUGCAUAUAUAGAUAGCUAUAUACUAUAUUAGCUAAUUAGCAAUUGAACUUUCUCUGUGUUUGUGUUUAUGUUAACGUUAAUUGCAUCAGCAUUCACGUUGCGACUCCAAUUAUCACAUCCCUAUGGAUAUGGUUAGUGCCACCACAAAACAAAACCACUCACUUCAAAGCAUUUUGCAACAUCAACAGAUAUUAUUUCAUCUGCGGAUCCCACAGACAACGUAAGCUUGGGCCCAACUCUAUUUCUACUGUCACUUGUAAAUUGUAAUACACUCCGUCCACUUGUGUUUGGUGCGCUGCUUUCCCUAAAGCCCCAAUGUCAGAAUAAUUAUAAUGUGAUAUUGGAGGGGGUUGUGUGUGUUCACUCUGAUCGUUACAUGUUCAUUUCGCAUCAGUUUAUUAUAUAUUCAUUUUAUAUCCUUUUCACAUCAUGUACAUCUUAAAAUAAAUAAUCUCAAAUAUUAAAAGUAUUAUACAUGCAAAACAACUUAAUAUUUAUUUUAUAUCCUUUUUAGUCAAAAAUUAAUAUUAGCAUGAUUAUCGUGUUAAUAUUUCGAAAUGCUAUAUACUAUAUUCACCUUAAUUGGUAACAUUGUAAAAAUAGAGGGACCAUGGACCUAUGUAUUCAUAAAUUGACAAAAAAAUUCACCUUAAUCCUCCUCCCGGGAAAAAAAAAAAGAAAUUACAGAUAGAACGGAAUAAUAAAUACGAACGCCAUUGUAAAAAUUAUAUAAAUAAUAAUAAUUAUCAGAAAAGAAACAAAAGGGCAUUUGAACUCAUCCGAAUAUGAUGCUCUAUAAAUACAAAGAACCUUUCACCACUUUGCUCGUAGGAAGAGCUCAAGCCACAGCCCCCACAAGUGGUGUCUCACCUCCAUUGCAAUAUAAAUUUUUGAAUCGAUAUAUCAUUUAAACAGAGAUUUUAAAUAUGGUGUUAAAGAUGGCGGAAUCAGCCAAGCCCUACUUUGCAAUGAUAUGCCUCCAAUUCGGAUACGCUGGCAUGAACCUCGUGACCAAGGUUGUGCUCGACCGCGGCAUCAGCCAUUUCGUCCUUGUGGCUUAUCGCAAUGCCUUUGCCACGGCCGCCAUCGCACCUUUCGCCCUCCUCUCCGAGAGGAAAGUGAGGCCGAAGAUGACGUUCCCAAUAUUCAUGCAAAUAUUUGUACUAGGUCUUCUUGGACCUGUGAUCGAUCAGAACCUAUAUUAUGCUGGUCUUAAACUCACUUCACCAACUUUUGCCGGCGCGGUCACCAACAUCAUGCCCGCUUUGACCUUUAUCAUUUCCAUAAUUUGCAGGAUGGAGAAGGUGGAGAUGAGAAAAGUAAGAUUCCAAGCAAAAGUGGUGGGGACAUUAGUGAUAGUAGUUGGAGCCAUGUUGAUGAUUUUAAUCAAAAGCCCUUUUAUCAACCUUCUCCGGUCUCACCUCAUCGGUGAUGCUUCGUUGUCGGUCGGGGAGGACUACCUCAAGGCCACCGUCUUCUUCCUCAUCGCCUCGUUUUCUUGGGCUUCCUUCUUCGUUCUUCAGGCGGCUACGUUGAAGAGAUACUCAUCUCACGGUUCUUUAUCGACGAUGGUGUGCUUCAUGGGAACGUUACAGUCCACAGCCCUAACGUUUGUGAUGGAACCAAACCUUUAUGCAUGGAACAUUGGCUUUGACAUGAACCUUCUUGCCUCUGUUUACGCGGGUAUAAUGUCGUCUAGCAUAGCGUACUACGUUCAAGGGAUGAUGACGAAGCAAAAAAGCGUUGUCUUUGUCACUGCUUUUAACCCUCUUUCUGUCAUAAUCGGAUCCAUCAUUGGCUUACUUAUCCUCGGCCAAAGAUUAUACCUUGGCGGGGUUCUUGGAAUGGCGAUGAUAAUGGUGGGAGUCUGUGCGGUUCUGUGGGGAAAGGAAGGGGAUGAAGAAGAGAAUAGUGAAGAGAAGUUUCUAGUAGUUGUCAAAUGUUGUAAAGGCUUCAGAAACAAUAGUCUCUCGAUGCCAAGAAUUAAUGAGGUAGAUGUUGAAAUGCAAUCUACUGGGAGCUAUGAUGGUGGUGGGUUGGUUGUAGUCUUGUAGGUAGAAAAAAUGUUCACGAGCUUUAAUUAGAUAUUUUAAGUCUUCUUUUCUUUUGUUCGAUAGAGGAUCAACUUUUUCUUUGUACUAUAUAUCAUGCUCCAACCUUUUGCUUUUAGGCUUUAUAAUCUUCUUAUUUAGCAGGGAAAUAAUGAUUAUAUGUAUGUUUCAAAUCUUUCGACCAAUCAGACUAAUAAUCUCGUUCAAUCCAGUUGACCAUCCCAGUAUGAUUCAAAUGAGUUACUAUUGAGGUGACAGAGAGUUUGUAAUGGAAAUGAUUCUACAUAUUCUCAUAAGAAUAAAAAAUUUCUUGCUCAAGUCAUAAGAAUAAACAUACAUUUAUAUGAUGAGGUUACGGCAAUGAGCCACGAUGAGUCUACCUCUCAGGAAAUGGUGUUGCAGUCGUGGAGAUCAAAGCGGCUCCUUCACUCAUAUGCAGGUCCGGUCCUGAGCAUAGAAAAAAUAACCGGUCAUCACAAAUAAAUAUGGGCAACACUCUUUUUCUUUUUAAACACAACUUCCAUUCAUGAAAUAAACUUUACACUCAUGUAGGUCCAUGGUCCGCUGAAACAAAAUGUAUGCUGUUUAGAAAUUUAUCACAUUGAAAGAUUUUGACAAGGCAUGUGUUCAAGGCCAUUCAUAAAAUAAGUUUGAUUUUUUUUUACAGCAUAUAAAAUAAGUUUGAUCGUAGUAAAAAAAAACAAUUUCGGAUUACAAUUGACACA